AUGGACAGGCAGGAUGGACCACACGUAGUCGUAAUAGCACUGCAACAGGUCAUCCGCAACGCGGUGUUGGGGGAGAACGAAGUCACGUGGAUCCUUCAUCUGGCAGGUCCCCUGAUUGCUGGUUCGCAUGGGGCUUACGCCGUCAAGAUCCCUGGAUGCUGCCAUUUGAGACUGAACGACCCGGCACUGCUCCGUCCGAAGAAUUCGACGCUCCUGGCUGGAUCGCCAACCAUGCCGGUCAUGACGUCUGCAUCGAUGGAUAUUGCAUCCUCAUCUUUUGCGAGUCCCGCAUCGGGUGGAGGUGCUGCUGAGCCGGGACUGGAUGACUUGCUGUCGCCUUCGACUAACGAACUCACAGACCUGAAGCAUGACCUAUGGCAGAGUAAACGGAUGGCGAAGGUUGCGACUGCGCUCCAGCUGACUUGGAUGGUCGGCCGACGCGGCGCAUGA